UAGAAGGGGUGCAAGGGUGGAAGGGGUGGAAGGGGUAGUAAGGGGGGUAGGGGUAGGGGGGGCUGCGCAAGCAGCAAAGCGAGCGUAAGCGAGCGUUUGAUGCUUGUAUGCAUGGUGGAAGCAUGAAUUGAAGUUGUUGAUAUUGAAGUUGAUAUAAAAAUCUAGCUUUAAACCACCAGCCAAUAAGCGUGCGAUAUUCCAACCCCACCUCAUGUCACCGUUGAGGCUUGUAAAUAAUACCCUCAUCUCCCUUUCAUAUUCGAGCUUGACAUCACAGCCCCUAUGUCACUUAGGCAAUUUUAAUUCUGUCAAGCUAAUACACGCCUGCAUAUUUCAAACCGUAAUAUCUCGAAUAUCGCACGCCAACUGGUGGUACACACGCGUAUAACCGAUCGUCCACCCAAAUAGGCUUUCUUCACCUUUCCAAGGUUGUUAGAAGUAUGGCGAAGGGCAAUGCCAAAGACUCGGGCGCCAAAGGAAAAGGCAAAGGCAAGGCGAAGGACAACGGUGAUGGCAAUGAGGGAGGUAAAGGCAAAGGGUUAAAACCUGCAAAUUCUAUCAAUGUUCGACAUAUUCUUUGCGAGAAGCACUCAAAAAAGGAGGAAGCUGCCGAGAAGCUGAGAAAUGGGGCAAAAUUCGAUGAUGUCGCAAGAGAGUUUUCGGAGGAUAAGGCUAGACAAGGCGGAUCGCUUGGCUGGAAAGUUCGAGGAAGCCUUCAUGGUGACUUUGAAAAGGUUGCAUACGAGCUAGAAACCAGCACAACCGCGAACCCAAAGUGGGCGGAAGUCAAAACGGGAUUUGGAUACCAUAUCAUUAUGGUGGAAGGGAGGAAGUGACGGAUGAAUUGAUGCUGAGGAGCUAGACAUGAGGGAUUGGACGGAAUCGACUAAGCGUUUAUUUCUCUUUGAAAACGAAAUCUCCCUCUGAUAUCAAUAGUAUAUGGGUAAUGGUCAUGUAGGUUUUGAGCGUAACCGUUGUUAUUUUGUUUAAAACGGUCAUCUUUCUUCAUUCCUCCUCCGUUGACUUGAAUCUAUAUUGUUGUGGGUAAAUGGUCGGAAUUGAUUAGGUGUUUAGUAGUGCAUACAAGAUCCAGCCUUCCACGGUCAAGGGAUGGUUGAAGAGUAAUAUUGCCAAGCAUACAGCCGUAAUAUAAGGGAUUUUUCCUAAUAGCCC